AUGGUCGACGCCGCUCACUUUGCCGAGGACUUUUCCUUCCCGCCUCACCCUCACGACCUCAACGACCAAAAUGCCAUGAUGUUCCUCGGCGAACCGGACCACGCCGCCGACAUGUUUCCGACGUCUCACCGGCCCUCCGUGUCCUCCGUCGCCGCUCGCCAAAAUUCAAUCACCGUCAUGCCCGUGUCCUACGGCCGAGCCAUGGACCAGCGGCGGCACAGCAUCAUAACCUCGGAAGACGGCAGCCAAGACAACGAUCCCGCCGAACCCAAUCCGCUCGAGGAUGCCGGCGCCGAUGAAUUCGGUCUACCAACGCAGACUGCCGGCAACGGUUCUGACCUGUCAAAGUCGAAGGACGACAAGACUGACCAGACGCCAGCGUGGAGUGAGCUGAAGACCAAGGCAGGCAAGGAGCGGAAACGACUCCCAUUGGCGUGCAUCGCCUGUCGACGCAAAAAGAUUCGGUGUUCAGGCGAGAAGCCUGCCUGCAAGCACUGCCUCCGGUCACGAAUCCCAUGCGUGUACAAAGUAACGACAAGGAAGGCCGCACCGCGCACCGACUACAUGGCCAUGUUGGACAAACGACUCAAGCGCAUGGAGGAGCGCAUCAUCAAAAUUGUACCGAAGAACGAACAGGACUCGAACGCGGCGUCACUUACACGGGCCGUCGUCAAACCGGCAAUCCCAGGUUCAGUCCCAGCUGGCAAAGCCAACGCCAAGAAGAGAGGUGCCGAAGAAGCCUUUGGCCAGGAUCUCGACCAUUGGGCGAAGGCCCCUGCUAAGACGAGGCUUGAAGCCCCCAAUAAGCCGAAUACGUUGCAAGCCCAGGAGGCGGAGGAGAAUAAACUAUUCCUUGAGGGCCUCGACGCACUUCCGCCCAAGGAGCUUCAGGAGCAUUUGGCUGAGGUCUUUUUCGAGAACAUCUACGGUCAAGCGUAUCACUUGCUCCACAAGCCGAGCUACAUGAGAAAGCUUAGAGCCGGUACGCUGCCGCCAGUCCUUGUCCUGUCCGUUUGUGCCAUUGCAGCUCGCUUCUCCAGUCACCCGAAACUCAACAGCUCUUCACCGAACUUUCUGCGCGGAGAAGAAUGGGCCUCGCACGCCAGAGACAUAUGCACCAGACGCUAUGAGUGGCCCAACAUCACUAUUCUGACCUGUCUCUUGAUCCUUGGUCUGCACGAAUUCGGCACCUGCCAUGGCGGCAGGAGCUGGGCUCUCGGCGGGCAAGCGAUCCGCAUGGCGUUUGCUUUGCAACUCCACAAGGACCUGGAUCAUGACCCCCUGAACCGAAAUGGGUCGUCACAAUUAAGCUUUAUCGACCGGGAGAUACGAAGGAGAACAAUGUGGGCCUGUUUCCUCAUGGACCGUUUCAACUCAUCAGGAACAGAACGACCGACGUUCGUGAGGGAGGAAACUAUCGAGAUUCCACUACCUAUCAAGGAGAAGUACUUCCAGCUCGACAUGCCCGCUCCGACCGAAACCUUGAGGGGAAAAGUUCCUCACCCGGUAUCCGCAGAGGACGGCCAGCUCGCAGAUCCGAAAGAGAACAUGGGGGUUGCUGCUCACAUGAUCAAGACGAUCGCCAUCUGGGGCAAGAUUAUCACGUAUCUGAAUCAGGGAGGAAAGGAGCUUGACCCUCAUCCCAUCUGGAGUCCGGAGUCCCAGUAUGCGACUUUGAUUCGGGAUGCGGAAGAUCAGCUGAACAACAUCCCUGACUUCCUCAAGUAUUCUCCGGAGAACCUUCAGUUGCACGAUACCGAGAAGAUGGCGAACCAGUACCUAUUCCUUCAUAUUGCUAUGCAGCAGAACAUCUUAUUCCUGAACAGAGUAGCAGUUGCGACGCCCAACAGCCCGGUGGCUCAGGACGUACCUCGGGAGUUCGUGGCCAAGGCCGGGGAUAAAACGUUCGCGGCUGCAAAUCGCAUCUCCGAGGUCCUCAAAGAUGCCGAGUCCUACAUGGUAACAGCUCCGUUUGUUGGUUACUGUGCGUUCUCGUCGGGCACCAUCCACAUCUUGGGCAUAUUCUCCGGCAAUCCUGCCGUAGAAGCGGCGUCUAAGAGAAAUCUGGCAACCAAUGUCAAGUUUCUGUCCAAGAUGAAGAGGUACUGGGGCAUGUUCCAUUACAUGUCCGAAAACCUCCGGGAGCAAUAUCGAACCUGCGCGGAUGCUGCUAGGGGAGGAUCCCAAUCGAAGGAUGCAUCGACGGCAUCGCCAAUCUUUCAAUAUGGUGACUGGUUCGACCGAUAUCCCCAUGGCGUGUCACAGUCCGACUUUUCUGACCCAGCAACAACUAAGAAGAAGGAGAAGGGCGAUGACGCAGUAUUGGAGCAGAAGCCGGAGCUGCACACCGUUGAGGAGUUUUUCACCACUCUGUCUCCCCCUCGAAGCACAGAAGGCAACACGUCGAGGCCAAACGCGGCGAAGCGGAAGUCGUUCGCAGGCAAGAAAAUAGGCACAUCGGGUCUGCGAUCCGACGGAAGCCAGCUCGAACCACUGUCGACGGAAAAUAUCGCCGCGUCAGCUCAAGAGCAACUGAGUGCUCGCAUGCAACAUCAACGAAACAUGUCCGGCACACUCGGCGGCCAGACCAGUGGCCCUGCCAGCUUCAACCCCCUCUCUGUACCUCACUCUCAAGGCUCGAACUACCACGCCCUUUCCCCCAUUAGUCCGAUUGCCGUCAGCCAAUUCGGCCACCAUCACCAAACACCAACCGCUUUCUACCCGCCCGAAUUGCUCAGCAUGUCGUUGAACCAGCAGAACGGCAUCCUCCAACCCCUCGACCGGCAACUCGUCUUCGGCGGCUAUUCGAUGGAACCAGGCAACAUGGGCCAUUUUGAUGGCAUCGACUGGGACGGCAUGCCUUCGAGCGCUCACAGCGCUUCCGGAUCUCAUCGCGAGGGCUCUCGGUCGCGUCCUCAGCGCGGAGGUCAUGCCAACGGUAUGGGCGGACAUGGCGCUGGCCACGCAGACGGCAUGGGCUUUGUCGGGCAGGAGGCGUCAUCUGCGUGGUUCAUGCCGUUCAACAUGGAGCCGCCUGAGAUCGGGCAAGACAUGGGUAUGAAUCUAGACGGGUUCGGCAACAUGUUCAGCAACGGCCUGCAUCAUGGCGCGAGAUGA